AUGAAGACCUCCGCCGUCAUUGUCGCCGCCUACGCUGCCGCCGCCGCAGCCCUGCCUUCGUUCUCGUUCCACUGGGUCAACACCACCGGCGUGGCCAGCACCCCUGCCAACGUUACAAGCAUUGCAAACGGCACGGCCAUUGCAAACUCAACAACCGGCGCUGGUGCAUCAUCUGGUGUCUCUAGCAUCAGCUCGACCGGCGGCGGCGACGGCACCACCGCUCCUUACUUCACCAACGACACCAGCGCCAGCAACGUCACUUACUUUGGUGGCGGCAACGAGACUCACUUCUCGCCCAACCGCACUCAUCUUCCUGUUCCUGUGCGUCGAUUCCGGGCUCAGCGAAAGUCUCUUGUCUAA